AUGCCUCCUGCAGGCACUAUUGCUCUGAGCAACUUCCUGAAUUCAGCGUCGGCUUCGUCCAGUCGAAAGAGAUCUCAUGCGGAAAUAACCCGAUCCCAAAGUCGAAGUGUUACCCCCGACCACGUACCAUCCAAGCGCCGCCGCAUUAACUACCAGCCAACCGCUGAGUCUUCUCGAGACUCGACACCGCCACACCCAGAAUCAAGAGCACGAUUUCAGGGCGACGGCCUGGACUUCCGGAGACCUGUCAUGUCUACACGGGAUCCGUCAGCAGCUACAGCUCCAGCGCUACACGAUGUCACGAUCGAUCUCACAGCGGACAGCGACAGCGACAGCGACAGUGACAAUGAUCCUCUGACCAUUACGCCAGAAUCCUACCUACAACAGACCUCGGGGGAGGCGUUUUCCCAGGUCGCUCCCCGGCCAGAAUCCCGAACAGCACUUGUCCACGCCUGGGGAGAAGCAGCAGCCGCCCAACGACGAAGAUUUGAACAGCAACGAGAACUCGCAAGGCCACGCCGAGAGACUGCGAUGAGGGGACAACCGACUAGUUUAAGACGAGAGGCAAGUACACAGGAACAAGACGAAGCACGUGUCCGUAACGCAGAACGUAUGCGUGCCCCCCCUUUCGGUCAACGAUCACAGCCACUCGAGGUCAUCGAUCUCUCAGACACAGACGAGUCAGAGUCCGAUACGAAUGAUUUGAUUGCCGAUGUGUCGAUUGACACGAGUGCGUUCGUCUCCCGGUCCGCAUCCUCCUUUUCUACCAGCCCAGAAGUCGAAUUCGUGGAAGAGAGACGUGUUCCACACGUCCAGCAUCACAGUGGCCUGCACAGACCGUCUCGCACUGGCUUGACCCCUCCCAGUUCUCACAGUGCCAGAACCCAGGCGGGUUACUCAGAUUUGCUGAGAAGGGGGACACAAUUCAUUUUUGAGAACAUGCAGCAUCUUGUCCCAACGGGCUAUGCGGAAAGCCUCCACAUUAGGCGGAACCAAGGGGGCCGGCUUGCGAACGAUGAUGACGGCCCUUUGUUCGUCAACAUGGACUACAGACGACCCGCAUUCGCAAUGGGUCCUUAUGAUGUCUUUGAUCGUGGCUCCGAUCCACCGCGGGAGGUGUCUGAGGCCUACAAGGCGCCUCCAGAAGCCCAAGACGGGUUCAUCAGGACCUUCGGAGAGCAAGAUGUCAUACUGUGUCCGCUGUGUGGCGACGAACUGGCGAUUGGCAAAGGGGAUACCAAGAAGCAGGUCUGGGUGUCCAAAAACUGUGGACAUGUCUACUGCGGCGAUUGUGCCGUCAAUCGAUUCAAGGGGAGAGCAUCAAGGAGAGGCAAAGGCAAAGAGACAGAGCCGGAAAGGAAGCCAGAUUCGCCCAAGUCGGUACCGUUUUCGGUAUGCAUCGUUGACGGCUGUAACACCAGGGUCCUCGGCAAGGCUGCCAUGUUCCCCAUCUACCUGUGA